GUACAGUAGAUAGACACAGAGUAGAGGAAGGAACCUUCUUCGUACCUGUUGCUUCUUUAUUUCUUCUUCUUCCUCUCAUUCGUCUGUUCUUUCCUUCCUCUUCUGUGGUUUUUACAGACUCAGGUGAGAGAUGGGCUGUGGAAACUCCUCACCAGCCACCAGCAACCACAGCAGCAGCAACACUGGAGGUCGUGCUGAGUCUUCAUCAAAGAUAUCAGAAGAGUCUAUGGCCGAGGACGACAAACGGAAGAACUAUGGAGGUGUGUACGUGGGUUUUCCUGCAGACCUGAGCAACACUCAAGUACAGAUAGGAUCACUCAGAGAGCAUGAGACAGACCCGUUGUCCCUCAGGAGGCCGCUGUGGGCCGACGGAUUCUAACUUUAAUGAAGAGCCAGGUGUGUGUGUGUGUGUGUGCUCGCUUCAGUUUGUGUGUGUGUGUGUGUGUGAACUAUUUCCUAAUUUAUACUGCAACUACUGCACAAUUUCCUUCGGGAUAAAUAAAGUUGUAUCAUAACUUAUCUCAUAAGAACAAAAUCUCAUCAGAGAUCAUUACUGUAAUUAUUAUAGUAUUAUAUUUUAGUAUAUUUAUUCAGUGUUGCACGUGACCUCCUGGGUGUUUAUUUUCCAUUGCAUCUCUUAAAUCACGCAGUCAUUAUAAUAAUCAUCAUCAUUCAUUGUUUCAGUUUUAACCAGUUAAAUCCUGCUGCUGUGUUUUUGUGCCUCUCUGUGAAGUGAAAGGUGCAACAGAAGAAUCAUACGGCAGAGGAAGAAGAAGAAACCCUGCAGGCGUUUGUCAUCAGGAACUCACCAAGUCUCAAAUGGGAAACAGCAGCAGCCAGCGGAGCCAAUCUUCUCUCCCAGCGUCCAUUGUGAGGACUUUAACGGGAUCAGCUCCACCUGGUUUCACCGGCUGUGGAGACAAACUGCUUAAAGACUUUUGUGCUUUUAAUGGAAACAGACAUAUGAAACAGGCCGUUUAAUGGUGGUUACAUGAAGAGGCUGCAGCUGUUACACUGAAGGUCCAUCAGCUGAUUGUCACAGAACGGCAGACAGGAGGUGGAAGAUGUGGUAGCUCUCCUCGAUGAGGACUGACUGUCACGUAGGACGACAUUUAACACAUACUGAAGGAUGCGUCCGGUGAGGCUGCAAGAUGUCCAACGGUGAUUUAAUGUUUGUCCAACUGUGUGAAGUACAUCUUUAUUAUAAUAAUGAGGCUAUUUAGAGAACAUUUUCCUGAAAGUUUACAAAGUGCUUUACAGUAUAAACUUAAUAAAGGAAGGAUAAACCUUUCAGUGCUCACCUGUUUGCUUUGUUUGAACUGAGAACCUGCAGACUGUUGGCGUCUCCAGGACACAGCAAAGGACCUUUAAGUGGUUCCUGCUGUGAGACGACGUCAGAGAAUCUUCUCCUUCGG